AGUUCCAGGAAAGGAUCAGCAAGCAAGCUUGGUGGAGAUGGGAGGGGAUGCUGAUCAAGCAGGCAGAGGAGAGGAGACCGAGAAGAUAACUGUUGUAAUCGACAGCAAGAGCCCAUCAGUUCCAACCAGCUGCUGUGAUGAGAAGUUCAAAUUGUUAAAGGAUGCCUUCAAUGAGCAUUCAGAUGUAACUCAUGCUCCAAAAAUACGGAGAGUUCCACACAUGAUCAAAGAUCGGGAGCAGCUCAGAUACCUGGAACAGCACCUCAAGUUUCCAAGUAAUUAUGAGCCACGGGUGAUUGCAGUUGGUCCUCUCCACCAUUUUAAUCCCAACCUUAAACCUGCAGAGAAGCUGAAGUAUAAACUGGCAAAGAACUUCAUGGAUGAAAAUGGCGAGAAGGAAAUACAAGAAGGCUACCUAAAAAUCAAAAACCAGAUCAAUGAUUUGACAAAGUACUAUGAGAAUGAUGAUGAGGCAAUAAAAUUGGUUAGUGAUAAGGAGGAGGAUCUUGCAUGGUUAUUUUUCGUAGAUGGGUGUGCCAUGUUGCAUUACAUGAAGUGUUUUACUGAUCAAGAAAAGUAUCAGGAGCACAUGAAAACCUUCAACAUAAAUAAUCAUACUCUUGCUUUCAUCCAUCGGGAUUUGCUCCUGCUGGAGAACCAACUUCCUUACGAAGUCCUUGAGCUCUUGAUAAAUUCCAGCAAAAAUGCCAGUGCACUGCGUGAAGGAAUAAAAGAAUUCAUUGAUCAAAACAUGAUGACUCCAAUUGCCCCAGAACUGAAUACCCCGCAGCAAGAAGGCAACAUUAAUCAAAACAUGAAGACUCCAGUAGCUCCAGAACAGACAAACCAGCAGCAAGAAGAUAAACCACAUCAUCUUCUUGAUCUUUUGAGGAAGAGACUUCUGGCUCCAAAACGCCAACAGAAGGCUUCAGGUUUCUGCAAGAGGCUGAUGGAUAAGUAUAAAAUAAACCAGAAGAAAACCAAGACACCCUCUUUUCGUAAUGUCAAGGAACUUCAAGCAGCAGGGAUCAAGUUGAGGCCUCUGGGCACGCAAGAAAGCCGCUUGACAGAUGCUUCUUUCUCCAGAAUGUUCUGCAUUGGCAAACUAGAGCUGCAUCCCUUUGCAAUUGAUGACUCAACCGCACCCAAGCUUUUAAACUUGGUAGCCUAUGAAAUGUGUCCUGACUUCAAAAAUGAGCUUGAAAUCACCUCUUAUGUCUGCUUCCUUGAUUCACUCAUUGAUGAACCAGGAGACGUCAAGGAGUUACGAGAUGCUGGGAUACUAAAAAAUGCGAUGGGAAGUGAUGAAGAAGUAGCUAGACUCUUCAACGAGAUCAGCACUGACUUGGUGCCUAAUCCUCAGGUGUAUACAGAUGUUGAACAGCACAUUCAGGAUCACUGUGACAACAAAUUGGUAAUAUGGAUAGCUCAGUUCUUGUACGAGCAUUUCAGCACACCUUGGACUUUCCUUGCUUUUCUAGGUGCCAUCAUUGCACUUGCUUUGACUUUUGUUCAGACUUGGUAUGCCAUCCCAUGAACGAUGAGGCUUGAAUAAACUUUUACACCAU